CAUCUUAUCCGUCGACUAGCUACAACGCGUAUCGACGCACUUAAUCAACUGAAAUGCGCUCACAGUAGUUAGUCCAAAUACAUAAAUACAAUAGCCGCGUUGAAAUUUCGGGGAAGUUGCUUGACAGCUUUCGCCUAAUGAAGAUCCUUGUGAUCCUGAAAGUGAAUUGAAAAGUCUGGGAGAAGUGUUUCAUCGCACAAAAAAAGAAAUUUGCAACAGUUAUUGAGUGAUUUGUAUUUUAAUUUCGCAAAGUGACAAAAUGAGUGAAAAGAAAAUCGAAGCAGAAUUGGAUAAAGGACUGUGCGUUGCCUAUAUGAGUCGUUUGAAUGUAUCGGUUGCGAUCGUGGCGAUGACAAACGCUGCCAGCACAAAUCCCAAUUUUGAGGAGUUCGACUGGACAGAAAAACAGAAAUCCUAUAUUAUAUCCUGUUUCUACUGGGGCUACGUGAUCACACAAUUUCCCGGUGGCUAUUUGAGUCGACGUUUCGGCGCAAAGAUUGUAAUUGGCAUCAGUCUGUUCGGCUCAGCGCUUUGCAGUUUACUCACACCAUUUCUCGUACCGUGGGGCGGCUGGCAGGUUUUUUGCGCCAUACGUAUAGUACAGGGUCUCUGUCAGGCAGCUGUAUUUCCAGCUAUACACCAACACAUUGCCAAAUGGUCGCCGCCACAAGAACGCAAUAUGAUCGGUGCAUUGACCUAUUCGGGUGUGGAUUGUGGCACAGUCUUGGCGAUGCUUGUUAGUGGUCUGAUACCCAGCAGUUCGAUCGGUUGGCCGGGAAUUUCAUAUGUUUCGGCCGGUCUUUGUUUUGUCUGGUGCAUACUGUGGCUAAUUUUGGGUUCGAAUGAUCCACCAUCUUCGCGUUUUAUAACGAAAGCCGAGUGCGAGUAUAUUGAAACUUCGAUGAAACGUGAAGAGGAUUUCCAUAAGAAGAAAAUACCAAUACCAUGGUUUGCGAUGCUCACAUCCGUGCCAUUUUUGUCACUACUUUUAGUACGUUGUUCCGAAACGUGGGGCUUCAGCACCAUACAAUCGCAAAUUCCCUCGUACAUGAACGGUGUUUUGAAUAUGGAUAUUAAAAGUAAUGCGUUCUUCUCGGCACUGCCAUAUAUAGCGCGUUGGAUUAUGUCCUACACAUAUCUCUUCUUCGGAAAUAUGGCGGUCGCUAAGAAUUGGCUCUCCUUGACGGCGGUACGUAAGAUCGCCAAUACAAUGGCUUAAUGGUUGCCAGCAUUUCUAAUGAUCGGUGUGGGAUUCCUCGAUGAUAGCAACAAAGCUUUGGCUAUUGCUCUAAUGACCAUGAAUGUUGGUUUCAAUGGCGGUGCCACCAUCGGUUGUGUUCUUAGUACGAUAGACUUAUCACCAAAUCAUGCCGGUGUUGUAAUGGGUAUCAUAAAUCCGGUCGCUAACAUUAUACCGUUGAUUACGCCACUGGUUGUGGGUGUUAUAGUCACAGAUGUGCAUAAUCGAUCUGAAUGGCAAACCGUAUUCAUCAUUGCUGCGGCUAUUUUCUUCAUUGGUAACUUGAUUUUCGUAAUUUUCGGUUCGGCUGAAACUCAACCAUGGGACGCUCCUGGUUUUCUGCGUAAGGAUAACGUGGAAGAACCAGUAGCGAUGCCACCGAAGAGUACUUUUAAGGAAAUUUUUGGUGGUGAUGAUGACAAAUACGACAUCGAAGGAUGGGCAGUGCAGAAUGUUAACGAUUCGCAGUCGAAAAACGAAGUUGACGGAAAAAUUAAGCUUUAUGACUGAUAUUAAUAAGUUCCAUAACUCGACGGGCUUAAAUUAAGUCUAAUUUAAAAAUAGCGUUAGCGAUAAAAUUUGAAAUUAUUUCCGUUCUAUAUUCUUAAGAUAUAUACUGAAUAUUAUUAAGAAUUUAUACUGUAUAUGCUUUAGUAAUUGUUGGAAAUUUUAUUGUUUAGGUGUUUACAAUUUAUAUUAAAUUUCUUUGUUAAAUUAAAUGAGCAUUAUUUAAAUUUUAUAUUUUAUUGGCCUAAUAUAAUAUACAUAUGUGGUAUCGAAACUGUUGGGUGUAUACUCAUGGUAUUCAAUCGAAAGCAAAUUGAUGCUCAAACACAAGGCGAAGGCCAUAUUAUUCCGGUAAACUGCUAGCCAAUCCAACCAUAACAGGUGAGGAGCACAGCUAAAGCGAUUCAUAUGAAUGAAUAGAUAUUGUAGGUAAAGAAUAGAACGAAAUUACAUGUAUUCUUCUAUAUGCAUCGAUAAUAAGUCAUAAUGAUAAUGUCCUUGGUUCAUAAAUAAUUUCAAUCUGAUAGUUCAUAUACAUAUAAGAGUGUUCAGAAAACCUUCAUAAAAUUUGAGGCAAGUGUUUCUUCGUAGCCAAUAUAAAUAUUGGGGAGGAGCACAAAUAAAUAUUUUUUAUUGAAUAUUUUACUUUUACUUUUCGAUUUUUCCAAGAAAGGCGUUACAUUAAAUUCUUUACUAAUAGAGUUGCCAUCUCGCUGUAGUUAUAUUUAUU